AUGGCCCGUACUAAACAAACCGCUCGUAAAUCCACUGGUGCUAAAGUCCCACGUAAGCAUCUUUCAAACAAGUCCGCCUCCAAGUAUCCCUCCAACAACGCUGCCGGUCUCAAAAAGACCCAUCGUUUCCGUCCAGGUACCGUCGCACUCCGUGAAAUCCGUCGUUACCAAAAGACCACAGAGUUGCUCAUCAAGAAGUUGCCCUUCCAACGUCUUGUAAGAGAGAUUGCCCAAGAGUUCAAGACUGAUCUUCGUUUCCAAGCCGCUGCCAUUCAAGCCCUCCAAGAAGCCUCUGAAUCCUACCUUGUCGGUCUUUUCGAAGACACCAAUUUAUGUGCCAUCCAUGCCAAGCGUGUCACUAUCAUGGUCAAGGAUGUCCAACUCGCCAAGAGAAUCCGUGGUGAACGUUCUUAA